ACAAGGCCUUAUCUCCCCCAUUCUUCACCCUCAUGCUCCAUUAAACAUUUCGUCUUUUACCUUUCACCCUCCGCCGAACAUAGUUGAAGAGCCAUGAUGAGAAAUGUGUGUUGUUGUCGGCUUUGAGCCACUGUAUGAAAUACAACUUCAUUGUGCCGCCGACGCUGGUUGUUAAUCGUUACCGCGAUGAACUGAACAAUGGAGAGGUUGUGGCGGCUUUACUCUCAUUCAGAUCCACUGAUCUCAGCCAUGAUUCACAGAGUGAAAGCCCAUCGCUCCUGUUACAGCUGAGAGAUUGCAGCGAAUCCGUGAUUUUUCCUUGUUAUAGUAUGCAGGACAAGUGAAACACUUGAAGAUUGGACUGGGGACCUGUUACUCAUAAGAAUGAACUUCACGUCACUGGCUCACUGCUAUAAGCUUACUCAUUAACAGCUUCCUCUGAGUUGUCUUAUCUGGCUUCUCUGCUCUAUCCAUUUUCUCAGAUCUAUUUAGUCCUCUCUCUGUCCCUUCUUUCGCUGUGACUUCCUCUGCUUCCAUUCGGUCCUAAGAGAUGAAUAAAGAGGAGAUUACAAAGAUCCAAACAUGUGUUCUUAAAGUGAACAUACACUGCGAUGGAUGUAAGCAAAAAGUGAAGAAAGUGUUGCGCAAAAUCGAUGGGGUCUAUACUGCUGAGAUAGACUCAGAACAAGGCAAGGUUACCGUCUCUGGGAAUCGGAAUGUGGACCCAAAGAUUCUCAUCAAGAAGCUUUUGAAAUCUGGGAAGCAUGCAGAGCCGUGGGGUGCUUCAAAAGCAGGCAAUAACAAUAACAAUAAGAACAACAACAAUAACCAGAGCCAGCUUGCCAACCAGAUGAAGAACAUGCAACUCGACCACGGUGGAAAAGGCGGUGGCGGAAACAAGGGUCAGCAGAAAGGCGGCGGAAACAACCAGCCCAAGGGUGGCCACCAGCAACCGCCGAAUCCUCAGCAACAGCAGUUUCUUCAGCAGCAAUGGCAACAGAUGAUGAAGGGGCUUCAAGAUCAGAAACAGCCUAUUCAAUUCAAGGACAUACAACUGCCGGCUCAACAGAACCCAAAUCCCAAGGCUGUCAAGUUCAAUUUGCCUGAGGAUAAUUAUUGUUCGGACGAUGAGAUUGACGACGACGAGUUCGAUGAUGAGUACUCUGAUGAUGGUGAAUCUGAUGAUGAAAUCGAUGACCCUCGCGUUCCUCUUAACAAGAUGAAAGGGCCUCCUCCCAUGGGGAAUGGCGCUCCCAUGAUGAUGAUGAACGGCAUGAUGAAUGGGAAUCAGCAGCAGCAGCUCCUGAAUGCUCUGAAAAACGCAAAUGCCGCAGGCAACAUGAACAAAGGAGGCGGCGGAGGCGGAGGCGGACCGAUGCCGAUCCAAAUGCCAGGCAUGGGUGGUGGGAAUGGCGGUAAGAAAGGCGGCGGCGGAGGAGGUGGAGGGAACAAUCAGAAUCAAGGCGGAGGCAACAAGAACAACGGCGGCAAAAACGGUGGGGGAAUGCCGGAUGGUAAAACCGGGAACAACGGUAACAAGAAUGGCGGUGGAGGCGGUGGAGGCAAUCCUGGAAAUAAUAAUGGAAACGGGGGCAAAAAGGGAAAUCCGAUGGCUGGAGGUGUUCAAGCUAUGAACCCCAUGGGCGGUCAUCAUCCUGGUAUCGGCAGAGGCAACCUGGGUUCUAUGGGUAACAUGAACAUGUCGAUGGGUCCGAUGGGCAACAUUCCAGCGGUCCAAGGCCUCCCAGCAACCAAUAUGAACGCCGCCGCCGCAGCAGGAGCCGGCGUUGGCCCUGGAGGGUACUUCCAAGGAGCAGGUCCAGAAGUCAUGCCGGGAAACCCAUUCCAGCUGCAGCAGCAGCAGCAGCAGCAGCAGUACAUGGCGGCGAUGAUGAACCAGCAGAGAGCAAUGGCAAUGGCAGGUGGGAACGACCAGAGAUUCCAACCGCUGAUGUACACGCCACCACCGCCGGCCGUCAACCACAUGUAUCCUCAGCAAUAUCCAUACCCAUACCCCCCUCCUCCUCCACAAGAUUCCUACACCCACUUCUUCAGCGACGAGAAUACCUCAAGUUGCAAUGUCAUGUGAAGGUCCCGGCGGCGGCGGCGGCGGCGGCGGCGAACAACAGCUGCCAGUUAUUGUUAGGCGCCUAUAAUACAAUGAACAUGUCAUCUAAAGUUUUUAGCUUUGUAUUUUUUUUUAAUUUUCUCUUUCGAUAUCCCAGUGAGGGCUUAUAAUUAUGAUCAUCAUAGAAGAAGUAAUUUACAAGUAUAAA